AUGAGCACCUCAAACGGCACGAACAGAGCCCUCUGGCUGGCCUCCUACUCGGAGCCCGCCGAGGUCAUCGACCUACCCAUCCCGGAAGCUCCCACAGGCACGGUCGUGGUCAAGGUCCUUGCGGCACCCAUCGUCCCCUACACCCACCUCGUCCACGCCGGAAAGUUCGAGGCCAUGAACAUGCCUCCCCCCUACGUCCCGAACCCCAACGCCAUUGGUCGCAUCCACGCCGUCGGCCCCGACGCCGUCAAGGUCAAGGAGGGCGACCUGGUGUACGUCGAUGCCACCACUCGCGGCCGCGAUGACCCCGGCAAGAUGAUUAUGAUCGGACAUAUUGGUGGUCACGGCGAGGAGGGAAAGAAACUCACCAAAGAGUGGCGUGACGGAUCGCUGCAGCAAUACCAAAAGGUUCCUCUCGAGAACGUGUACCUCCUCGAUGAGAAGCGUCUUACCGAACUGGGCUACGACCCAGCUGCCCUGCAGUCCAUUGCCCACUACUCCGUCGCCGCCGGUGCUCUUCUCGAAGCGGCCGACGUCAAGGUCGCCGAGACCGUCAUUAUUGGCCCCUCUGGCGGUUCAUUCGGCGGCCUGGCCGUCGAGGUUGCUCUCACCGCCGGCGCAAACGUCAUCGCCCUUGGACGCAGCGAGAACAAGCUCGCCGCCAUGCGCAAGAAGCUCAACGACCACCCGCGUCUCAAGACCGUCGCCAUGACCGGCGACGACAACGCGGAUGCGGCCGCCAUUCUCGCGGCGACCCCCAACGGUGCCGGCGCCGAAGUCUACAACGACUGGACGCCCGGCGAACUCAAGAACCCCCCUUACCUCAGCGCGGCUUUGCGCGUGUUGAAGCGCGAGGGCAGGAUCAUUCUCAGUGGCGGCGCCAGCGAGACCCUGACGCUCCCGUAUGCGCCCUUCAGUAUCAGGAACCUGAAGCUGCAGGGCAAGUGGAUGUGCGAGCGUAGGACGCUGGAGCAGCUUAUCAGGAUGAUAGAGGGCGGCCAGUUGAAGAUUGGCAAGGAGAGCGGUAGCGAGUUGGCCGUGUUCUCCUUGGACCAGCACCAUGAGGCGAUCGAGCAUGCCAGAGUGAACGGUGGUUGGAGGAACUACACCGUCAUCGCGCCCAACCCUUGGUAG